AUGUCACGGAGGAAGCAGCUCAAACCGCAGCACAUUCAGACUGAUGAUUUCUCUCCGAACAGAUUUACAGGAGAUGUGUCUCUCAGUCCUGUAGUGGCUCACUGUUCUCUGGUCUGCAGCCGAUGCUGUGCUGAGUUUAGUGAACUAUCAGACCUGGAACAACAUCAAAGAGACUGCUCUCCAAAUCCUCCAGUUCUGAUUGUGAAUGAGGAUGAAGAUCUGCUGUCCGGCAGCAAAACUUUCCCUGCCUCAUUACCAGCCGGCCCAGCAGGGGAGCUGGGUGAAGCGCUUAAUAACUUUGAAAUGGAAAACAUCAACACAUCAGAAGACAGAUCCUACAAAAGUGCAGAAUUCAUGGCUUGUUUUAGCAGCCAUGGACGUGUAGAAAGCCCAGGGAGCACCAGCAGCCACCAGAGCAUCAGUGGAACUGACUGCAAGGCCGACACUGCCCUUUGUACCUCAGCUUUCCCAGAAUCCUCACCUCGACCUGGCCGCUCAGCUGACAGAGAAGGAUACUCACGGAUGAAGAGCGACAUCACUGUUGAGAAUCUUGCGAGCACUAAAGUGGGCGUGGCUCAGCUUUCACAGCUGAUGCACUCAGACAGCUGCCGCAGUAAGACUACCAUCUCAUCUCUGCUGCAGCAGCUUCUGGCCCUGCAAAUACAACAAAUCCAACAGCUGCAGCUAAUUGAUCAAAUCCGUCACCAGGUUCUGUUGUUUGCGUCUCGCCAAGCCGAGAUACCGGAGACCCUGGUGAUCUACGCCAAAGACCUGCCAUCUUCAGAACCCACCAGUCAGCUCAAGACUCUCAGUGUUCAUCUUUCUCAGCAGCUAGCUGCAGCAGCUGGGAUAGCCAAAUGCUUAUCAACUCAGUCUGCUAGCAUAACUGACUUCAAGCCUUUUACAGCCACUGAGCAGCUAAAUAAAGGUCAUCCUGACAGCAAAGAUGUGCUAUCAAGCUCAGAGUCCUCACAAACAUUUAGUAAGCCAAAGGCAACAGCAGUCAACGAGCAUGUUUCCAUAAAACAACACACAGGCAGGGGCUCCUCCGACCCCCAACUUAAUUUCUUAUCUCAAACCAAGACGUCCUCUUUGAUGUUCACCAAUAAUUGCUUCGCCAGUAAGACUUACGAGUCCCACUUACCUCAACGCUCAUCUGGCAAUGAGCACGCAGCGUCAAAUUCUAUACUAAACAUCAGUGAGAUUGUGGAGGAUCUAGAUGCCCUGGCAGCUUUGGCCCGACAGAGGAAAUGCAGUAAUCUGAAGCUUACUGCACCCACGCUGUCUUCAAAGGAGUCUCUUUUCAAACACAGAUGCAGAUUCUGCGCUAAAGCUUUUGGGAGCGACAGUGCCUUGCAAAUUCAUCUGCACUCACACGCCGGAGAACGGCCAUUCAAAUGCAACAUCUGUGGAAACAGGUUCUCCACCCGUGGGAACCUAAAGGUCCAUUGUCAGAGGCACAAGGAGAAGUACCCACACAUUCAAAUGAACCCUUAUUUUGUUCCAGAGCACCUGGACAAUAUCCAGAGCAGUGCCGGGAUUCCUUUUCUUAUGUCCUUAUCACCAGAGAAAGCAGCUGCAGGAUGGCUUGAUAGUUCACCAUCCACAACUGCAAUGACUUCUGGUUCCCUGGAACAGCCAGGCUCAACCAACCUGUCCUCUUGCAUCAAGAAAGAGGAAAACCUUAUCUCAGUUCCCAUUCCCCUCUCUCAAGGUGAUCUUUACUUUAAUUCAGCAGCAAUAAAGGACUUCAGGUCAAAAGCAAACCCUAAAAAGACCCUUGAGUCAGUGGAGACCAGGAAACAAAGAACAAUGAAUAUCAAAAGUGAAGAUGUAGAACCCUCUUUUAACAUUGUCUCUAAAAUGAUGACUACAAAGCCAGAGGGAUCUGUCAGCGUCAUACCAAAUCCAUUCACCAUUCCCAGCUCUUCCUUGUUAUCAGGAUUCCUGUCACUAAAACACUCCAACAACCCCAAACACCAGCUGCCAUCAGUCAUCCCUGACAAAAGAGUGUCGGAUCCAAACGAGUGCGUGAUCUGCCACCGAACCCUCAGCUGCCAGAGCGCCCUGAGGAUGCACUUUCGGACUCACACGGGGGAGCGUCCGUACCAGUGUAAACUGUGUGGCCGAGCUUUCACGACCAAAGGAAACCUGAAGACACACCAAGCUGUUCAUCGAGCCACAGUCCCACUGAGGGUCCAGCACUCGUGCCCCAUCUGCCAAAGGAAGUUCACAAACGCGGUAGUGUUCCAGCAACAUGUGCACAUGCACCUGGAAGGUCACUCACCCAGCGCAGACUUUACAACUCAGAAGUAUUCAGUCGAUUGUAAUGAAGGACUCAGAGCCACAACUGAACUGAAUCACAGAAAGAACUUUUCAGAUGACAAUAAUGGGGACUGUUGUGACAGCCGAUUUCCUCGAUUAAAGUCCUUGUCCAUCUAUUUGUCAACACCUUCGUUUGGUAAAAAUCUAAUUGAUGCUAACAAGAAGACAAGUUACCAUGAGCCACGUGGGGAACUGUGGCUCAAAUGGAUCAAAACAGAGAGGCCAGAGGGAUCAAAUGAGGAAUGUAGUCAAACAAACAACCAGGCUGCUGAAAGUGGACAGCGGACUCGUACAUUCCCCACGUCCGACAGUUCAGCCUCUGAACCAUCUCUGUGCCCUAAUGGCCGAGCCUCUUCGGCUGUUCACGAACAACUCCAGACCUGGUUAGACUCAACCACUCUCCAAACGUCUGCUGAGGAUUCUCCAAGUUUGAUUCACGGUCUCAGAGAAAAGGGGUUUCUGAAGAACACUUACUGCAAUCUAUGUGGGAAGAAUUUUGCCUGUCAAAGUGCCUUGGACAUCCACUACAGAAGCCAUACCAAGGAGAGACCAUUUGUCUGCACAACAUGCAACAGAGGCUUUUCCACUAAGGGCAACCUCAAGCAACACAUGCUCACACAUCGAAUGAGGGACUUUCCCCCACGUCUCUUUGAACCCUUCAGUCCCGACCAAGCGCACAACCAAAGCUCCAUGUUACGUGUUGGCUCACAAGCUGUGAAGACAGAGUCGACUGCUUUCCUGAACUCCUCUUUUAGUCAUUCGCAGAGCUCGUCUGUUUCUGAGUCUCCUCUACCUGCUGCGCCACCACCUCGCCGGAUGCCCAAACAGCACCAUUGCAAGACUUGUGGGAAGAGCUUCUCCUCCUCCAGCGCUCUGCAGAUCCAUGAGAGGACUCACACCGGGGAAAGGCCAUUUGCCUGCGCCGUCUGUGGACGAGCCUUUACUACCAAAGGGAAUCUAAAGGUUCAUAUGGGAACGCACAUGUGGAACAGCGCCCCCGGUAGGAGAGGCCGCAGACUGUCUGUGGACAGGCCACCGGCGGAGGUCGGGACUCGUCCUGUUAAACUUCCUGAGCCAUCACAGAAUAGUCCGGCGAUGGUUUCCAGCAGCAGGGAGCCUGUUUACCGGUGGAACCGAAGUCCAGCAGCUCUGCAGGUGAAUGACGUCGGUGUGAUCAGGGUGGAGGUACGUCCUUCCCCUCAGGACAUGUAG